GUGCAUCAGAGGCUUUCUCCUUGGCAGACUGUGAGGGUGGUCUAUUGCAGUACAGUAGUGCCCUCUGAUGAAGUGACGGUGGUUUACCAAAACGGGUUACCUGUGAUUUCUGUGAAUCUUCCAUCCCGGCGUGAACGUUGCCAGUUCACGCUUAAACCUAUCUCAGACUCUGUUGGUGUGUUCUUACAACAGCUGCAAGCAGAGGACCGAGGAAUCGAUCGGGUUGCAAUCUACUCAGCAGAUGGCACACGUGUUGCCUCCUCCACAGGCAUAGAUUUGCUUCUGCUGGAUGACUUCAAACUGAUCAUUAAUGAUAUCACGUACCAUGUUAGACCACCAAAGAGAGUAAAUACUUUCAGGAUAUUUCUUUCAACUCAGGAGCACCAGCUGAACAAAGAGAAGGAGCUCAUAGGGAGACUAGAGGAAUUGAAGGAGCAACUAGCACCACUAGAAAAAGUAAGGAUGGACAUGGCCACUCAGUUUGGGAUUCUGGCCCGCCUCACCUGGUGGGAGUAUUCUUGGGACAUUAUGGAACCAGUCACCUAUUUCAUCACCUAUGGCAGUGCCAUGGCGAUGUAUGCUUAUUUCGUAAUGACUCGCCAGGAAUAUGUUUAUCCAGAUGCCAGAGACAGACAGUACUUAUUAUUUUUCCAUAAAGGAGCCAAAAAGACACGAUUUGAUCUAGAGAAAUACAAUCAACUCAAGGAUGCAAUUGCUCAGGCAGAAUUGGACCUUAAGAGGCUUCGAGACCCGUUGCAGGUUCACCUGCCCAUCCAGCAAAUUGAUGAAAAGGACUGAUCAGCAAAGAAGCUCUGAACCCCGGCAAAAAACCUGUUCAUAGCUCUUGCCUUUUUAAUUAAAGCAUUGCAGGUGGAAGCUGGGAGGUGGUGUGGGGGUGGAGGGUUUUUACCUUUAAUCAAGACAAAGGACUGUAGGGGGGGAAAUCUCUUAAAUAUGAAGAUGGGUCGUGGUGGAAUGUUAGUUCUGAAAAGGGCUUGGCAAAUAGUCACAUUUAAAAACUUGUCUGAAUGUCAGUUGUGUACAAAUACAAGAUCGGGGAGGUUCAUGAAAAGAAUGUAAUGCUGGGGUGUAGGGAUGUCUUCUUCCAACUUUGCAGGGUCUGCCUCUUGAUAAGACACCAGCAGCCUGCUUAGCUUUUUAAAUUUUCCUUUACCUGAUUCAGAUCUCUCUUUCUCUCUCAAUAAAAAAAGGAGGAAAAAAAAAAAAAAGAACAGAGAAUCCAAGCCACCUGGAGCUAUGGCUGGUGAUCAGAACUUGUACUCCACCGCCA